CACGAGACUCGGGUGACGUGUACAUUACAUCGUAAACGGCUUUAAUUAAGCUACAGCUUUCAUUUGUGACACGUGACUGGACUGAACGCGUGAAUACUGAUAGUUUUUGCGAUUGCCUGUUCAGCGAAUCAUUUAUACCUUCCAUAAAUGGAAAGGAUAAGCAUAUCAUUGAUGUUUGUUUUUGAAAUAUGUUACCCAUGCCGCCAUAUCUUCAUCGAUAAAAUCAAUGAGGUCGGAAAACAGUGAAACGAAGAAAGUAGCCGAUUUUUAUGUUAAAAGGUUUAAAGCAAAUGGCGGAAAACAUUCUACCAACUUAAUAUUCCAACUUCAGUAGUUGGCAAGUCCAAUGAAAGUGCUGCUCCGAGCGGCAAUGAAAACAAAUAUAGUCUAAGACUGUCCUGUUUACGUGCCCAGUUUAUUCCUAGAAGCAUUGCUUUAAUAUUUUGAAGGCAAGUCUUGUGUUGUCAUCGUGGGAUCCAGCGAUCAUGACUGCAGUCGUUCCCGAUAUUGCGAAGCCCGGCUUCUCUUUUGAGAAUUGCCGUAGGAACGCUUUCCUUGCUCAGAAGGGUUAUGCUGUACCAAAAGCAACAAAAACGGGAACAACUAUUGUGGGUAUUAUAUACAAAGAUGGUGUAAUCCUUGGUGCUGAUACUAGGGCGACUGAAGAUACCAUUGUGUCAGACAAAAAUUGCUCUAAAAUUCAUUAUCUUUCUGAUAAUAUAUAUUGCUGUGGUGCUGGUACUGCUGCAGACACUGAAAUGACUACCCAAAUGAUUUCAUCUCAGUUACAAUUGCAUAGAUUGAACACAGGGCGUGUGGUACCUGUGAUUACUGCUAAUAGAUUGUUGAAGCAUAUGCUUUUCCGCUAUCAGGGUUACAUUGGUGCUGCUCUUGUUUUGGGAGGUGUUGAUAGUACUGGGCCUCAUUUGUACUGUAUUUAUCCCCAUGGUUCAUCUGAUAAAUUGCCAUUCACCACAAUGGGUUCCGGUUCAUUGGCUGCAAUGGCAGUGUUUGAAACUAGAUGGAAGCCUGAUAUGGAUGAGGAGGAAGGAAAAAAACUGGUCCGAGAUGCUAUUGCUGCCGGUAUUUUUAAUGAUCUAGGAUCUGGCAGUAAUGUAGAUGUGUGUGUAAUUCGGAAGAACAACGUGGAUUAUAUCCGACCUUUCGAUGUUGCUAAUGUGAAAGGGCAGAAGCAAGGUUCAUAUGUGUUUGAUAAAGGAACAACAGCUGUUCUGUCUACUCGUUCAAUUCCUGUUGACAUUGAAGACAUUUCAAUUACACCCAUAGAGCCUGAAUCUAUGGAUACAUCAUCUUAAAAACUUACAAGUGUUGCUUACUAUAAUAAUCUUGUGAAUUAAAAUUACAAUGAUUUUUCAGUAAUAAAUGAUCCAUGUUCCAGCAAA